AUGGAUUUCGAGGGUUCUCUGGGCUUUCACCAGCCACCAGGUGACGCUGAGCGAGAGAGAAUCCGGGAACUGUCAAGGUACUACUGUGCUUUGGAUCGACCGUUGGCUCUGGAUCCGUCUGCGGAGGGUGAGCGAUCGCAAGAUGGUGCCCCUCAACAAGACGAACAGCCAAAAGCUUGCGAUAUCUCAGCAGACAUUACGCUGAAUGCGCUAGCCCAGCUCGGAACUCACCGGCUUCGGUGUAAUCGGUCCUUCAUUUCCCUCGUCGACGGGACCAACCAGCAUAUCAUCGCCGAAGCGACAAAGUCGGUCUCUUUGCGAAAUAAAGACUCUCACCUGCCUAACGAUGAUAUAUAUCUUGGAGUGAUGUCGCUCGAUUUGAAAUGGGGAUUAUGUCCUCAUACGAUCCGCCUGUUUACCGGCGAAGACCCGUCCUACAUAAUUGAUACCGACAACAUCACCGCCAGCCGAACCCAUUAUAUCAUCCGCGAUCUGUCCAAGGAAGACUGCUUCAAAGAUCGACCAUAUGUUCUAGGAUGGCCCCAUUUUCGAUUCUACGCCGAAGUGCCCCUCAAGAGCCCGUCCGGGAUUAUCCUUGGUACAUAUUGUGUGAUUGAUGAUAAGCCAAGAGAGCGAGCCGACUUUAGCGAAGACGAUGUUGACACUCUCCAAGAAAUAUCUGACGCUAUUGUGCAUCAUCUGGAAAAUGUGCGAGUGGUUAAUGACCAUCGUCGGUCAGAACGCUUGGUUAAAGGCUUGACCAGCUUUGUCAAGGACUACUCAGAUUUUGAUCCACGCGAAGCUUCCAGUGGGCGUCGACUGGAAUCGACAUCGUUAGCUUCCAAUGCAGAGAUGCCUAUUUCGCUCGACGGAGUCACUGUCACUGGCGCCAGUGUCGUUUCGGCAUCUUCGGCAUCCAGCCGCACAGAACACACAUCUACUUUCUUCAGUCCACUUCCCGGGUCUACUGAGCCCUCUUCACUCGACUCGAACCUGUCGGUUUCUAUGUCUAGCCCAGGAGAAGAAAGGCCGAUGGAUGAUGUCCAAAAUACAGCAGGACCCGGGGAACUCAAAUCAACUUUAGACAACGCUUCGUUGGUCUCUCUUGCAGACAGCAUUCCCAUAUCCGAUCGUAUUACGUCAAUUUUCGCACGCGCCAGUGUCUUGCUUCGGGAUUCGAUGGACCUUGAUGGCGUUGCUUUCCUCGAUGCUGCUCGAUGCAACCCGUCUUUCCAAGUUCCCAUUAAGCAUGCCAGCUGGGAGCCAUUACCGAAAUCCGUGUCGCCGGUGUCUCCCCCGCUUCCAGUUACGCCAUCUCUCACCCCGCUGGGGCUUUCGGGCUCGGCUUCAGAAGAUCUUGACACACCGUGUGAUUUUCUAAGCUCUGCUUUUGGAAAAGCACUACCGGGCGAUGCUGCUUCCAUCAUUCACGUCACAGAAGAGUUGCUGACCUUAUUAAUCGCCUUCUUCCCUCAAGGCCAGAUCUUUACCUCGACCGACUCUGCCGAAACUGAAGACUACCUGUCUUUUGGAAGCGUCACUGCCUCUGGAUUUCGAGCAAAGAAAAUACAAACAAUUUCUCAACAGGUCCUUAAGCUCGUUCCUAGUGCCGAUUCGGUUUUAUUCCUUCCUCUGUGGGAUUAUCACAAGUCUCGCUGGAUGGCAGGGACACUUGUCUGGGCUCGCGACUCUCACCGUGUUCUAGGUAUGGAGGAACUUCAUUACUUCAAAGUCUUUGGAGAUUCUAUUGUGUCUGAGGUCUCCAGAGUGCAUUGGAUAACAACUGAAAAGUCCAAAUUCGACUUCAUCUCAUCUGUCAGCCACGAGCUGCGCUCGCCGUUGCACGGAAUCUUGGCAAGUGCGGAGCUGCUGCAUGCUACGUGUCUCGAACCGGCACAGGAGGAUAUGAUCAGGAUGAUCGAGACGUCUGGUUUGACUUUGUUGGAUACCACAGAUCAUUUGCUUGAAUUUUGCAAGAUCAACAACCUCACCCAAGCUAAAAAAUCCAAGGGGAAGCGUCAACGUGAGACUUCAAGUCUCGUCUCCGAUUUUGACCUGGGACAUCUCGUCGAAGAAGUGACGAACAUCCUAUACACUGGUCAGAGAGCGCCCAGAAUGACAGGUCGUGACAUCGUCAGGUUUUCCCCAGGGAUUGAUGAGGCCAAAUCAGGUGGAAUAUGUGCCCACGACAUGUCGCUGGUGGUCCGCAUCGAGCAGUCCCAGUCCUGGAUAGUUCGCUCUCUACCUGGAGCCUGGCGACGCAUCGUCAUGAACUUGUUAGGGAACGCUCUCAAGUGGACGAAAUCCGGGUUUGUCGAGGUUUCACUAUCGGUAGCCGCUCCAGAAAAGUCGCACAAUUUUGUCGCCCACCUCUCAAUCACCGAUACUGGUAGCGGAAUUGCGCCCGAUUUCCUUCGACAUAAGCUAUUCUCGCCGUUUGCUCAAGAAGAUUCAUUGACAGAAGGCGUAGGGUUGGGUUUGAGCAUCGUUCGCCAGCUUGUUACGUCCCUCCAUGGCACUGUCAGCGUGAGAAGUGAGUUGGGUAUUGGCACCCAGGUCGAUGUCUAUAUUCCCGUUCAGGAUCCAGAUGGUUCUAUUCCGCCUCAACUAAUGUUGAAACAAAACGUCGGUGGCGUCGAUGGAAUUGAUGUGCCAUUGCAGGCGUGUCUGGUUGCAUUCAACGGAUAUCCGGAUUUAAAUGAGGUUCCCACGGGAGUGCUGUCCGUCGACGCUAAGCGGAAAAUUUCGAUCCAAAGUACUCUUGCCGAUGUCUUCAUGUCCCAAUUCGGAUGGAGUGUUUCUUUGGCGGAGUCCCUCGAGCAAGCGCAAGGUGAUGUUGUGGUUUUCGAGGAGGCGGUGCUCGAGGCUGCUGCACAAGGCUCCUCAUGCCUUAAAGUUAUCCAGGCCAUGGAAGCGAAGUUCAAGUAUAUUGUCAUUCUUGGUAGCAAGAGCAUGCAGAAGACGUAUGCGCCAACUGUCAUCUGGAUUACUCAACCAUUUGGUCCACACAAAGUUCAGACUGCUGUGCGGCGAGCUUUGGAGCUUCAUCAGACAUCAGCACAGUCCGAGUUUGUUCCUACUAUGACUUCUUUGACUAUCUCAGACGAUCCAUUUUCAACUCCUUCGAAUUCCCCUCCCGUUGAAGACGAAGAAGAGACCACGCCAAAGGCAGUAGUUGAGAAAAAGCCACAAGGUGCUCCUGUUGUCGAGUUACCGAUUCAAACUACCCUGCAGCCCAAAACCAAGCAUGUGCUCAUCGUCGAUGAUAAUGACAUCAACCUCAAGAUCAUGGCAACAUUCAUCCGCAAGAUCGGCUGCAGCUACGAAACAGCAACCAACGGUUUAAUAGCCUUGGAGAAAUACAUGGCAUCCAGCCAACAAUUCAACUUCGUCCUAAUGGAUAUAUCAAUGCCCGUGAUGGACGGCCUAGUCUCAACCAGCAAAAUCCGCCAAUACGAAAAAGAAAAACGUCUCAGGCCAUCCUGCAUCAUGGCUGUGACUGGCGUUGCUUCCGAAUCAAUGCAGCAACAGGCCCAGAAAGCAGGAAUAAACCAAUACUUAAUCAAACCCCUCUCCCUUCAUGAGCUCAAAGGGCUUAUGGCUAUCGAUUGA